CAUCCCUGUAGGGCGCUCACUGAAAAUAUGAGAUUCAUUCAAACAUCAAACACUAUCAGAAAUAAAAUAGUUUCGUUCAAAGCAGCGUUAAUAUAACCAGUCUUUACCCUGAGGAAUAGUGUUGUCAUACCUGAGUGACAAAGCACUGACGUAAACUAGACGUUUGAUACAUGAAGGAAUGCGAGGACUGAGGCAGGCGGAGGAGCAGCUGCCGCAGGAUACAGUGCGGUGCGUGUGAGUGUACAAUUUCUCAAGGGAGAAAUGUUAAUGAUAUUUUUGUGGCUUCCCGUCAUCCAUUUCAUGCACGGUCUCAACUCACGAUGGCACGCAUCUCAAUAGCAGCUCUGCCGCCUUUAUUGUGGCGACACUCCUGAAGAACGGAUCGAGGCCAUUCCAAAACCCUUCAUCAUGCAGCCGGUGGCGGCAGUGCUGUGGGCGUGCAUGGCGGGCGUAGUGCUCCUGGGCGCAGCCACCACUGAGGGCGUGGAGGACGCCGCGCUAUGGAGGGGCGUCUCGGUGGAGUCGUCGUGGCUCAAAACAACCGUCACCCAGACGCCGCGGAACCUGAGCCUCAUCCCCUGCGGCGCGGCGUGCAUGAGGCAAGACUGGUGCCGUCUGUGGUGCCACGAGGCGCCCCGCGGGUGCCUGCUCACCUCCCUCACUGCUUCGGCUUCCUACACGCCCGCACAGCCGGUCGGCGCCCUCACCUGCUACACCAGCCGCCCACCAGACCUCGCCGUGGGCGCCACUAUCACCUCCUCCCCUCCUGAUUACGUUGACAAAAGACACAAGGAGAACUUGGUGGACGGCAUCUACGGCGGUGCGAUGAGUGAUUGUGCCAAAGUUAAUGCGUUCGACGGGACGACCGCCUGGUUCCUGUUGGAUAUAGGGGCCUCUGUUCCCGUGACUGAGGUAAUUUUAGUGGCUCAGCCGAACAGCAAUGCCCCAAGUCACUUACGGGACGUCGAGGUGAGAGUCGGCGACGUUCAGAUGGCAGGAGACUUCACGACAUACCAGCUGCUGGGGACCUUUCCUGGCCCUGCCGUGCCGGAGCAGACCAUUGUGCUGCGCCCCGCCCCGCCCCUCACAGGCCGCUACGUCUCCAUACAGCGAACCACGACUGAAACCCUGCAGAUCGCCCACCUCGAGAUACGCUGAGGCCCUGCAGUGUACAGUCCCCGGCAGCAGCAAAGGCCUCUGUCUCCCUUGCACACUGGCAAGGCACCAGCCACAACAAGGUGAAUGUGUUGUCUUCACGAAAUUAACUGAUGCGUCGCCGCAACACUAUACCAUUGCUUUCACAGCAGUACAGCGUAGUUCGGUCUUGUCAUACACAGUAACCCACUACCCCUGUCAACACCACUACGAGUAUUGUUAGGCUUAUUUCAUGCCGCUGUGUCAUUGUGUCCGCAAGGUCUACAGCGGCUCAGAAAUGCUGUUCUUUGUGUUUCUGUGCAGCUGUUCACACAAGCACCGUUCGCCUCUGCUUCAUUGGUGAUUUUAGCUCUGAAAUAUUUCACACAGUUCACAACCAAGGGUCCCGGGUUCGAUUCCCGGACAGUCUCCUUAAUUAAUCAGUGCCUCCUGUCCUCCCAGCAGUGAAUGUGUAGCCGGGAUUCAGUCGGGUGUUGCGUCCCGCCUCCCGGGUGUGUGUGGGUGCGAUGUGGUUUUAUCCUCCCAAAGAGCUCCAUGCUCCUUUAAAGAGGGUACCCACCGGGUCCGAAUCGCCAGUCAGAGCGUGAUCAGACCAUGGGGAAUGGCACACACAAACUUCCUCGUUACACUCACUAUAAAACGUGAAUAAAAGUAGUUAGCCUUUACUUAUCAAUCACAGCAAAAAAAAAAAAAAUAUGUGGGGCAUCAUUAUCAUUUUUAAAGGUCUUUUUAGUGUUUCUCGCAGUGACUGUCUAUUGUUUUUUUCGGAUCACGAAUGUUUGCAUUAUCUUGUUCUGUGCAUACCUUCCUCCCCUAUAUUGUGCGUACUGUCUUGCGUUGCAAUACGUGGCUGUGUUCAUACGCCAUCAGUCUGCCCAUCUCUGUUCUCGGGAAGGGAACGGAUAGCCUGGCAUUGUGAUGUUCUUGUGUGAA